AUGUUCAAGGCAGGUUUCGUGCAGGAUAUUGAAUCGGGCAAAAUUCUGCGCGAAGAAUUUUGCAGGGAUGCAUCUACCUGUACCGAAUGCGACCUAAUACAGUGCGAGCUUGUGACCGUUUCAUUGGAAAAACACUUAGGCGCUUUCGACGCACUGUCUUAUGUGUGGGGCUACACGGAUGUCAAAGAGCGGAUCAAGAUGGACGGCAAGACAAUCGAAGUGACGUUGAAUCUAGAAGCAGCUUUGCGGAGAGUCAGAAAUACGGAGGCAGCAGAGCUUGUAUGGGUGGAUGCUCUAUGUAUCAACCAGCGGGACGUCGAAGAGAAAAAUAUUCAGGUUAUGCGCAUGAAGGAUGUGUAUACAAAAUGUGGAAGAGUGCUCGUCUGGUUGGGCGAUGCAUUAAUGGACAGAGCUGAAGAUGGCAAGAAUGAAGUCGCCGUUGCAGUCAAGGCUAUAUCUUUCCUAAAAAAAAGCCCACAAAAUUGCACGGGAUAA